AUGUUUAUAAUAGUUUUGGCUUUGUCUACAUUAAGCUAUAAUCAAUAAGACCAAAAUUUUGAUGUGAAAAGCUCCAGUGAGACUCUAUCCAGAUCGCUGAACUUUAAAUCUUUCACUCCUACAACCAGUUAAUAGAAAUUAAGCAUUAGAAAGAAAUCAUAAACUACAAAUAACACUCAAGCUUAAUAAAUACCCGUAACUUAAGCUGCAGAGCCUCCUUUGAGGUCAAAGAGAUAUUUGCAAACUUAAUCGUUCUCAGGCAAUGGCACAUGGAGAGUUGAAAGAGAGGGCACCACAAUCUAUCUCUCUGAUGAGGAAUAUUAAAUGCUUAAUUCUGCUGGAUUGAUCUUCGUCAAAACUACAACCACUAAGAAGGUCUAUUCAACUCGUACCUAUACUUCUAAAUCUAGUGGUUCUAAUUAGGUUGGUGGUAUAAUAGCUGGAGUCAUGGUAGGCUUCAUAGCUUUUAUUAUCGGAUUGCCUAUAUUUGGAUGUUAUCUUUGCAUGUUUAAAAAGUUUUAAUACAAAAGUGGAUAGCCUUAAAGCGUCUGCGAAUACAGCAAUUGUAAGAGACUAAAACCCAAGCACGAAAUGCACGGCUCAUUGUACUAAAAAGCUGUUGAAAAUGGUAUAAUUUAAGAGUUCCCAGACGAAUAAAUCAUGAGAGCUUUAGGUAUUUAGGCACCAGUUCCUAUUUUAGUAGGUAAUAUGUAUGGAAUGAAUCCAUAGAUGAUGACUGGAAUGAAUAUGAGUUAAAUUGGUAUGAAUUAAGUGUCCCCUUAUGGAGUCUAGUAAAGCUAAGUAUAGUUAUCUUAAUAUCAAUCAACAAUGAUGAAUCAGACCGCAGGAUACUAAGUUAACUAAGUUUAAUAUCCCAACUAUGCAAUUCCUAACACAUCUAUUGAUAAAUAACAUACAGGGACCUUACAAACAACUCCUGACAAUACAUUUCUCAACGGACUUAACGAUACAAGUGUCAUCCCCAUGAACAAACAAAUUAACUGA